UGGAUACAGUCAGUGUCAGCAUUUCUUCUUACCAAAUAAAAAGGCUCCACAGUUUACCAUGUCAGGUUAAAACAGAAGAUGACAUCUUCGCGCUCUGACGCAGCGUGUUUGCUAUAAAAUCAUAGGCGCGCAACAAGAUUGCUAUACACGUCUGCUCAGCCUAACCUUAUCCCCCGUUGUUUUCUUGUUUUGUGCCUAACCUUGCCCGGCCCGCCUAUCCGCUGUUCCAUUGUUAAAUUUCAAAGCCCUAAAAACUCUCUCCUAAGGUCUCCGUGUCGAAACAAGCCCUUCUUUCAGGAAAGGGAAAAAAAUGAGUAGCCGCUCGAGCAGGACUCUUUACGUUGGAAAUCUUCCUGGUGAUGUUCGCGAGAGGGAAGUUGAAGAUUUGUUUUACAAGUAUGGUCCAAUAGCCCAUAUUGACCUGAAAAUUCCACCAAGGCCUCCAGGUUAUGCAUUUGUUGAGUUUGAAGAGGCUCGAGAUGCUGAAGAUGCUAUUCAUGGUCGUGAUGGCUAUGAUUUUGGAGGACAUCGUUUGCGGGUUGAACUGGCGCAUGGUGGUCGUGGGCAAUCAUCACUAGAUCGUCACAGCAGUCAUGGUGGUGGGCGUGGACGUGGACCUUCCAGACGUUCUGAAUAUCGUGUGUCAGUCACUGGAUUGCCAUCUUCUGCUUCAUGGCAGGACCUCAAGGAUCACAUGCGUCGAGCUGGGGAUGUUUGUUUUUCCCAAGUUUUCCGUGAUGGUAGUGGGACAACGGGGAUUGUGGACUACACCAAUUAUGAUGAUAUGAAGUAUGCUAUUAAGAAACUUGAUGAUUCUGAGUUUCGGAAUGCAUUUUCUCGGGCUUAUGUUCGGGUUAGGGAAUAUGAUUCUAAGAGGGACUCCUCCAGAAGCCCUAGUCAUGGUCGAUCUCUCUCAAGAAGUCGCAGCCCCAGCCGCAGUCGUGGUCGGAGCUAUAGUCGGAGCAGGAGCCACAGCAAGUCCCCCAGUGCAAAACCUUCGCGCAAGUCACCUGCUAAGUCAAGAUCAAGGUCUCCUUCUCAAUCCCGCUCUGCGUCCAGGUCUCAUUCUUUGUCAAGAUAUGGAUAUAUGCAGCAAACUGGGGAUUGGAUAUUAGGAACUUGUGGGAAUAUGGUUCAAUUGCAUGCAACUCAUUUGGUUGCAGAGUAUCAUAAAUGUCCGUGGGUGCUAGAUUGGGAACAAAGAAGACAACGGACUGCAAUAAUAGAGCUGGAUUUCUUUACAAGGAAUUGCAAUAGUAGAGCUGGAUUUCAGUGAAGUAAAUGCAUUGGAAUUUGCAAGUCACCAUCAUUGAGCGAUAGAAAUAUUUCACUGUCAAUUUCAGCUCCUGGAAAUUGCCAAGCUAAUAGGAUAUGCUAUGUGGAUUACCUGUGGAUUUUCGUGUCACAGUAGGGAAGCAUGCUCAUUCUCUAUUCACUGGUCGAAAUAUGAAAAAUUAUUCUUGAAGGAUUUCAAUUUGUUUGAUUAGUUUUUAUUUUUUUAUUUUUUAUUUAUCUUGCAUAUGUAGGCAGGUUUGUGAGCUGGUCCUACUUAUUAUUUCCUUAUUUAACUGCUAAAGAUUUAUGCUUUCUUUUUUAUUCCCUUUGAAUAUGGUGAUUCUGACAUGGAAGUGGCAUCAAGGCUCUUGGAUGUAAAGUUGUUAAA